CUUCGAAGUUAUAUAUUAAUUAAUCCAUCCUUUCCCAACUUUCCACGAAAAGGAUAUAAGCAAAAUCGUUUUAUGCCUUCUGAAGCAAAGAAGAAGAAAGAUGCAAAGAAAAAGGAAGCAGCGAAACUACGUUCAGUACCCAACAAAAAAGCAGACGGCUCUACCAAUACACAAAAUGGAGCUAAAGAUGAAAUAUCAAAUGGAGUUGAAAGCCUAAUAAAUGGACUUGAUAAGAUAGAUAUUAAAUCCAUAUCGCCUAGGAGUGUAACCGGUGUAUUAGCCUCCCAUCCUAGGGGUAGGGACAUAAAAAUAAUUAGUUUAUCUAUCACGUUUUAUGGAAAUGAACUGCUAACAGAUUCAACUUUGGAAUUGAAUUAUGGUAAUCGUUAUGGGUUUAUUGGAAAAAAUGGUUCAGGCAAAACCACAUUAUUGAAUGCCCUAGCUUUUAGAGAACUUCCUAUUCCAGAUCACAUAGAUAUAUUUCACUUGUCAAAUGAAAUGCCAGGCAGUGAUAAAACUGCUCUUCAGUGUGUUUUAGAGGUUGAUGAAGAAAGAUUAAAACUUGAAAAACAAUGUGAAAUAUUAUCACAAGAUGAAUCAUCUGAGAGUCAUCUACUUCUCAUGGAUAUUUACAAACAUUUGGAAGAGCUAGAUAACAAUAAAGCUGAAAUGGUAGCUGCCAGCAUACUCCAUGGCUUAGGAUUUACCAAAGAGAUGCAAAAUAGAGAAGUGAAACAUUUUUCAGGAGGUUGGAGAAUGAGAAUAUCUCUUGCUAGAGCACUUUAUCUCAAACCCACUCUAUUAUUGCUAGACGAGCCUACUAAUCAUUUAGAUCUUGAAGCAUGUGUGUGGCUUGAAGAAGAACUUAAAAAAUACCAACGCAUACUAGUCAUCAUUUCACAUUCUCAAGAUUUUUUAAAUAACGUUUGCACUCAUACACUCCACUUGGAAAAGAAAAAAUUAAAAUUAUAUGGGGGUAACUACGAUACAUUCAUACGCACGAGGGACGAGUUAUUAGAAAAUCAAGCCAAGCGUUAUAAAUGGGAACAAGCUCAAAUAGCUGACAUGAAAGAUUACAUUGCCAGAUUCGGCCAUGGCAGUGCUAAAUUAGCUCGCCAAGCUCAAAGCAAAGAGAAGACCUUGAAUAAAAUGAUUCAAAGUGGAUUGACGGAUAAAGUUACAGAUGAUAAAAGUCUCAGCUUUUAUUUUCCUAGUUGCGAAAAAUUACCGCCACCCGUUAUACAAAUACAAAACGUUAGCUUCAGAUAUUCCGAUGACAAGGAAUGGAUUUACAAAAAUUUAGAGUUAGGGAUGGAUAUGGACACCAGGAUUGCUCUGGUAGGACCUAAUGGUGCGGGAAAGAGUACUUUUCUCAAAUUAUUGAGUGGAGAACUUGUGCCAACAGACGGUAUAAUACGUAAAAAUUCUCACCUCAAAUUUGGCCGAUAUCAUCAGCAUCUUCACGAGCACUUAGACCUAAGUAUGACACCACUGGAUUACAUGAUGAAAUGCUUCCCUCAAAUCAAGGAGAGAGAAGAAAUGCGAAAAAUUAUAGGAAGAUACGAAUUAUCAGGCAAACAACAGACAUGCCCGAUUCUCAAUUUAUCAGACGGCCAGCGAUGUCGGAUAAUAUUUGCCUGGUUAGCCCUGAACCACCCCCAUUUCCUCCUAUUGGAUGAACCUACUAAUCACUUAGACAUGGAAACCAUCGAUUCGCUUGCUGAUGCUUUGAACCAUUAUGAAGGCGGCAUCAUACUCGUUUCCCACGAUUUCAGGCUCAUUAAACAGGUUGCUAAAGAAAUAUGGCAGUGCGAAAAAAGAACAAUAACAAAAUAUCCAGGGGAUAUACAAAAAUACAAAACUUAUUUGAGAAGGAAAGUCAUCAAAAGACUCGAAUUGGACGCUUAAUAAUCUUAUAAAUAUAUGUAAUCAAUCGUAAUAGUUAAAUGUAUUAUUUAUUGUGGAUGACCGCUUACAAAUUAUUUGCUAUGGAUUUAAAAAAUUGAUAAUAUUGUGCAUAUAAUGGUUUAAUAAUACUGUUAUUUCAUUUAACAAUUAUUUAACAAU